AUGAGGGGUCUUCUCAUAAAGCAGGGAAGAUUGUGUGGCUCAUGUGCUGGAGCAGUGGGUAACGCCUGCUUCCCUCUGCUUUCUCCCCAGCUGGCUGGAGGCAUCAUCCUGGGAGUGGCCCUGUGGCUCCGGCAUGACUCGCAGACAACGAAUAUUCUCUACCUGCAGCUGGGGGACAAGCAGGCCCCCAACACCUUCUAUGUCGGAAUCUACAUCCUGAUUGCGGUCGGAGCCGUCAUGAUGUUUGUGGGGUUCCUGGGAUGCUACGGUGCUAUUCAGGAGUCUCAGUGCCUUUUGGGAACGUUCUUCACUUGCCUGGUGAUCCUGUUUGCCUGCGAAGUUGCGGCUGGAAUUUGGGGAUUUGUCAACAAAGACCAAAUAGCCAAAGAUGUGAAGCAGUUCUACGAUCAAGCAUUUCAACAAGCGCUCAUGGCAGAAUCAGAUAUGAACAACGGGAAGGCUGUAGUGAAGACCUUUCAUGAAACGCUGGACUGCUGUGGUCCCGAUAACGCAGUAGGAGCUAUCACUCCCCUGUGGAGAGACGACCUCUGCCCAAAGAAGGAAGCCAUCCUGAAAAACCUUUUUGAGUCCUCAAACUGCCACAAAAAAAUUGACGAGCUGUUCUCCGGGAAGCUGUACCUGAUCGGUAUCGCUGCCAUCGUGGUUGCUGUGAUCAUGAUCUUCGAAAUGAUCCUGAGCAUGGUGCUGUGCUGUGGCAUAAGGAACAGCUCCAUCUACUGAGCCGUGAGAGCUGGGGAGGGGAAGGGGGGAGCAGGGCGGACGGCGCUAGAGGGGACCCCAAGUGCCACCAAGUGACCAGGAGACAUUUCAACAAAAGACGAAGACAACUAUGUAUAUAAAUACUUCCAAUAUUACCAUACAGUACUUAUCAUUUUUAUUUUGAAGUACUUUUUUUUUUUUUAAUAAAAAAAAC